GCGGGCCGGCUGCUGAGGGGGGCACGGGCGUUUGUCUGCGGCUGUUCCUGCCGAGCGCCACCGGUGCCGGCUCCGGGAAGAGUCRCGGAGCCCCGGGCCGCGCUCUUCGCGCCGGCGGGGCACGGGGAGAGCCGCGGAGGCUUUUGCCAGGGGACAGGAGAGGAAGCUCUCAGCAAAGGAGAAGUGCAGGCGCAGUCUCUCUUGCCGUGGUGCUCCGAAGGUGGUUUUCAUCAGGAAUCCUGGAGUGGAAUAGCUGUUGCUUCCAUCCUGCUUCAGGACCUACUGCAGCUCUGUGAUUGCUGAUACAUGCUUGACAGUCUCAAAGGGUCCUGGCAAGAUGGCAUCUUCCAGACUUCCCAUCCUUAUAGCAGUGGCAUUUUCCUCUCUGCCCUUUGUUCUUUCCCAUUCAAACAGGGUAAUGUGGUUUCAGGAGUUCUUUCCACCUAAUGUGUGCCCUAUAAAUGCCAAAGAAAACACUUUUUAUGGCAUCAUGUUUGACGCAGGAAGUACUGGAACCCGGAUUCAUAUUUACACCUUUGUGCAGAAGAGCCCAGAAGACCUUCCAGAGUUGGAAGGGGAAAUCUUUGAGUCUGUGAAGCCAGGUCUGUCUGCAUAUGCUGAUCAGCCUGAAAAGGGUGCUGAAACUGUCAAAAAAUUGCUGGACAUGGCCAUAGAUGCUGUGCCACCUCACCUCUGGAAGAAGACCCCAGUAGUGUUAAAAGCCACGGCUGGACUUCGCUUACUGUCAGAGGAGAAAGCUGAGGCUCUGCUUUCAGAGGUGAAAGAAGUCUUUGAGGAAUCACCAUUUCUUGUUCCAGAGGACAGUGUUGGCAUCAUGGACGGAUCUCAUGAAGGAAUUUUAGCCUGGAUCACUGUGAAUUUUUUGACAGGGCAGCUGUCUGGCCAGAACCAGCAAACUGUUGGGACUCUGGACUUGGGAGGAGCCUCAACCCAAAUCACAUUUCUGCCACGGUUUGAGGAAACUCUGAAGGAAACCCCUGGCGAUUUUCUUACCUCAUUUGAAAUGUUUAAUAGCACCUACAAGCUCUAUACUCACAGCUAUUUGGGGUUUGGACUAAAAGCUGCAAGACUGGCAACACUUGGAGCUUUGAAUAAGGAAGUUGUGGAUGGACAGAUGUUCCGUAGUUCUUGUUUGCCAAAGCAGUUGGAGGCUGAGUGGCACUUUGGGGGAGUGAAAUACCGGUAUGGCGGCAACAGAGAAGGAGAAACAGGAUUCAAGCCUUGCUACUUGGAAGUACUCAAGGUUGUCAAAGGGAAACUUCACCAACCAAAUGAGAUUCGUGGAAGUUCCUUCUAUGCUUUCUCCUAUUACUAUGAUCGAGCAGCUGACACCAACCUAAUCGAUUAUGAACAGGGAGGUGUUUUGGAAGUGAGAGAUUUUGAAAGAAAAGCCAAAGAAGUCUGUGAUAACAUGGAGAGGUACAACUCAGCGAGUCCUUUCCUCUGCAUGGAUCUCACUUACAUCACUGCUUUAUUAAAGGAAGGUUUUGGAUUUAAGGACAACACAGUCUUACAGUUGACAAAGAAAGUAAACAACAUAGAGACAAGUUGGACUUUGGGUGCUACCUUUUACCUGCUGCAGUCUCUGGGGAUGACGUAUUGACCUGUGACACUCCUGGACUUCAGCAUUUCUGAAAGACUGAGAAAGCAAAUUGAAAUCUCCAGGUAUGUUGUUCAGCUGGGACUGGUCACAGAGCAGAACAUGGACCAAAGAUACUCAACAGAUCCUUACCCUGGAUUGGCACUGUGCCUAAUGAGAGUUGCCACAGUAUGAUUUAUAAUUGUGAUUGCCAUAAAUGAUCCAGAAUCUGCCUUAUGAAAGUCAAAAGGCCUAAACUCCAGCAGAGAAUAUGCAAGGGGCUCAAAACCAGCUUUCACCAGCACGUUUGUUAGAAGCACAGAAUACCUGGAUGUGGUGGCAGACUACAGACACGUGACUUCCCCUACCCGCUUCUAUUUUAAACAUACAUAACUUAAGUUUGCUCGUGAGAUGUUAAAUACAGAAAUUAAUUAAAAAUAGCAUCAACAGUCAUUCAGAGAAAAGUGAACAGCUCUGGAUGCUGCCAACCUCAGUGUUCCUAGAAUCCAGCUGCUAGCUUAGCUAUUACAUGGCAAGAAUAUUCCAGUCUUUCAGGAAGGGCCUGCUAUAAGUACGCUUUGGGCAUGGUUUUGGGAAAGGUGUUGGCUAAAACAUAGUAACUUACCAGGCAUUUUUGUAGGCAAUAAUCAUUCCCUAAGCAGAAUGUGUGCCUGACUGUGUUUCAGUUCUGCUGCCCUUUCCAAGUCUGUGCAGCUACGCCAUACAUCUGACUACCAGACUUGAUAAAUUUAUUCAUUUAGCAUGUAGUCAUAACACAGAGUUGUGCUGGCACAACGAGGCAGCAGUGCCAGCUAUUGAAACUCAGCUGCCAGAAGAAGUGCUUGUCACAUUCCACCCACAAGGAGAUUGCAGUCAGAUGAAAUGGCUGAUCUGACAGCUCACUUUGCUAUGAGAGCCAGUUCUGUUUCUCUGCUCUCAGCAAGGCACUUUCACAGCCUUCUUCCCUCUGCUGCUGGUGCUCCUCAGGUUCUUGGRUGAACCAAUUCAGGACACCAAACUUGAGGUGGUGCUCACCCAAGGGCCAAGUCUAGUGCUAUCCCAAGGGAAGCAGGCACGGCACAGCCCAACAAGACCUGCUGAGCCAGUGAGCUGUGUGAGCCCCUCUUGCCAGAGUGAGCUCUGUGGUGUGGUUUCCCAUUUGAAACCCAUCCAUUGCCCAAGUAAAAACACCUGCAGAGACUUUUUCCACCCCAUGAAAUAACUGGCAGCUUGACACUGUGUUCUCCACAAAAUGUGUAAGGUACAGGUGAAUUUACCCCAUCACAACAAAGAGGUAUUGCUCAUGUGACUAAGGAAAGCUUUUAUUCACUGAUCUCUUGUGAUUAACGCUUUUCUUUUGGGCAGUUACAGUUACCUGUUUGCUCUAAAACACCUUUCCCACUUCUGUCAAACCAAAGACUGCCCUCACAUUCCCUUCUCUGCAAACUGGAUUUGAAAAUAAUUAGUAAUUCCCAUCAAGGGGAGGAAGUAGUGCACUUACGUCUUCAAUGGUCUUGCCAAGCAGUUUGGAAACUUAGAAAUUUGCCUUACUGUGAASGUUAGUCCUUUUCCUCUAGUUAGCAGUGCAAGUUUGCCUGUGGGUUAAUUAAGCUACCCCUUCUCAUAUCUCAGGUUUUACAGCACAAGGGUGCAAGGCGUGCUUUUGCUUGAACAAGUUCAGUCAGCAGUAAGAAGCCAAGGGCUGGGGAUGGAGCCAUCCAUACUUAUCCCAUCACUGACACCUUGCCAUAAAUUCAGGCUGCUUUUUUGAAACAGGAUAUGCUCAUCCUACAUGUGUACUCCUUCAGAAUCUGUUUGAGACCCACRCUGAGAAAUUCCUCAAUGUCACACCAAAGUUUUGUUCCCUCCUCACUAGGAGUUCCUGUUUUAACAUGAAGAAAGUAGUUGCRGCCUCUUCUCAACCAUAAACAUUUCUUAUUCCUCUUCCUAGUGUUUGGCAAAGCUUAGUAUAUGGUCUGGUCUGCAGAACAAGGUGACUGCAAAUGCAUUCAUUUUGUUUCCAGUGAACGUUUUUGUAUUCUCAGAAAACAYGAAGUAGGAUGCAGUGACUACUGGCCAGGCUGCGUUAGCCUGAGAAUGAGCUAAUUUAAUAAUCCAAAAGUCAUCUUUCAGUCUGAGCCAGUGCUGUGACAAACUCUUACUGGAUCUCGGGGCUAAGAGCUGUGAGCAGUGAGGCUGGUUUCAAACAGGAAGGCAGGGUAGGAUGUGGUGUGUAAGGAAGAAGCAGCAGCGUAUCUGCCCCCUGAACACACACUAGCCCUGAGGAGUGCUGGAGGGCUGGGUUUGYCUGAAAGGAGGAGAGGCUAAAAGAAGGGUACCAUGCAGAGGAAGUUGUUUCUUCUGCAUUCUUUUCCUCAGACUCUGGUACUACAAAUGCUAGCGGGGAGCACCUGCUUCCCAGUACCAAAGUUGCAUUUAAUCUGAAUGCUCAGGGCCUUCAUUUAUUGGUGRCGCAUUCAUUAACUGAAGCAAAACUGCUAUAACUGGCAUGAUCCUUCAGUUAUGGGAGAAACAAAAWCUCUGUUUAAAGGUUUAUUUUUGCAAGAAAUUGCAGAACUGAGCCCCUGCUGUUUACAUCUGAAUUACCCAAGUGGGUGGGGGGAUCUGGAGAAGCCAGUCAAGUCCUCACACUUACCCUAGUGCAAUGAGAUUAUUUAUUAUCUAAACUAAAGAGUAAGCAGCCUUUUAAAAGAACAGCUUUACUUGCAGCUCUGAUUUUGAUCUCAUCCUUUGUAGUGUCUUUUAGCUAGCCACUAACAGGAACUGCCUAAUCUGAGUGACUGCAGAAGCACAAGAAAUGGCUUUCAGUUCAAAACUUGUAUUUCAUUCUUCCUGAUGUUAAUUCCUAAUACUGGUCAACUGUAUGUGUAAAUCUUGCCCACGGGCAGUGCUUACUUUUAAUUUUGUGAGUGGCAAAUGUCUAUUGCAAGAAGCUGGUGUUUGGAACCUAAGACAGAAUAUCUUAAAUUGUCUAUUUUAGUAAUAAAAGCAUUUUAACAAUA